AUGGCAUCGUCUAUGGAGAAAACUAAUGGUGAGAGUACAAUAAAGCCAAACUGGCUUGAACUUCCAUUAGAUUUGACCAAGAACAUUCUCCAAAGACUUGAUAGCGUUGAAAUUAUAACAAGUGCACGUAAUGUUUGUCCUAUGUGGUGGAACAUUUGUAAAGACCCUUUCAUGUGGCGUUCCAUUGACAUGAGUAAUAUCAAACUUGUUCCAUUUGAUUUUCGUUGUUUGGAUAAGAUUUGUCGCUGCGGUCAUCUGGAAGACAUUGCUAUUGAGUCAUUUGGGACAGAUGACCUUCUCAAGCAUGUGGCGCAUAGGGCAAGCAACCUAAAGAGGUUAAAAAUUUCUUGCUGCAAUGGCAUAACAGAUGAAGGACUGAUUAAAUUUGUGACUAUGUUUUCACUAUUAGAGGAUCUUCAGAUUUCAUUUGUGUAUUUAUCUAAGGAUUCUCUCGAAGUUAUUGGUCAAAAUUGCCCUCUCUUGAAUUCAUUAUAUCUUGAGGUGCAAAGUGGUUACUGCAUCCUGUUCAAAUUGUUUGCUGAUCAGGUUUUUGCUAUUGCAAAAACAAUGUUUGUAUUACGCCAUCUUGCAAUCUCUGGAAUUUGGAUUCACGAUAGGGAGUUACUUGCCAUUCUUGAUGGUUGCCCUCUUCUUGGAUCACUUGAUAUACCAACUAACAUCUGGGUUAAUAUAAGUGAAAGUGUGAAAAAAAGGUGGCAGGAGCAAAUCAAAGAUUUACAACUUCUAAAACUUAAUUAUUGCGAGGAAGUCGAUGAUCAUGAUGUAGCUUAUAAAGCUUUUUUUCUAGGAACAUUUGCUAAUGAUGAUUCGGAGUAUUAG